CAUAAGCCUCAACCUGAUCACAUUGCAUGUGCAAUCCACGUGUCCUAUAUACAAAAUGUCACUUGGCAUUAUGUACCUAACUUGUAUAUAAUAAAAUCAAAGUUAUUAUCUUGAUAUGAUUUUGUUGAUAAUGACGUCAACUUAUUUAUAUCCAUUCCAAUAUGACGUCAGUAUAACUCAGGUCAGUUUGCACAUCAUCAAAAUGCUCAGCCAUUCAUCACCUUUGACUGAUUCAACUUGCACAUAGGCCUUCAUCGUCCAGAGUGGUUGUUAGCCACAAUUUUUGAAAAUUCCACAAUAGUUUUUUUUUCGUCUUUCGAAAAAUCCAGGUCUACUCUUCUGAAAUUUAUUGUGUACCCACGAAAAACAUAGUACGGUCGUCGGAUUAGAGAUGUAGGCCUCCUCUCAUACAGAAAUUGUCAAGGAAAUAAAUUUCCGACUAUGUUAUCUUCUCUUGCACCCGAGGCGAUUCUCCCCUUCCUCAAUAUCGCUUGUUUAAAAAAAUAAAAAAAGUUUUCAGACCAAAAUAAAAAAGGUUUUUAGAAUAUUAUAAGAAGUUUAGUUAAAUUUCUAUAGCUUUAUUGUUAGUCCACUCCAUCCCUUUGAUAUUGUGAACAAGAAAAGGUAUUUAAAUUGGAAAAGCCAUGAGAUGAGUAUCUAGAAUUGUAGAUAAAUAUUUCAAACUCUAGCUCAAUAUAAUAAUAACAAUAUUCAAUGUGGAUGUCACUUGUCAACGCAUUUAGCCCACUGCAGGUAGGAAAUUAGAAAAGCGGCAGCCAUCUGAUCAUGCAACUUGGAAAGGAAAAUAAUAAUAAUACUAAAUGCAAAACCCCUGAAGUCAACGUAGUCUUAAUGCUGAGGUUGUCGAGUCUUAAUCUAACUGGAACUUUCUGAUUGUUGAAAAUGGAGUGUUCUCUACUGUGUGUUAGAACAAGUACUUUAGGAACCAUUGGCAGUCGAGGAGCCAGCGCUUGUGUACAAUAACAUGAUCGAUUCGAGGAGGAUGUUGAAGCAACCAUGGCAUCUUUCAGUGUCCGUUGCCUUCUUUUCCAGCCUAUGCUUCUGGUUUCAGGUGUCCAUGGCUCAAAAUGCUACUACCGAUCCAUCCGAAGUGAGGGCGUUGAACUCAAUAUUCGAGCAAUGGGACGCGCAAGCCGUGCCUGGGCUGUGGAAUAUCAGUGGAGAGCCAUGCAGUGGAUCUGCAAUUAAUGGAACCGAGUUUGAGGAUCCAGCUAAUAAUCCAGCCAUCAUUUGUGAUUGUACUUAUGAAAAAAGUACUACCUGCCACAUCACCAAACUGAGAGUUUAUGCUCUGAACAAACAAGGGGUGUUUCCACAAGAAUUUGUGGCUUUAAGAUAUCUGACCGUUUUGAAAAUUGAUCAGAAUUAUUUCACCGGUCCCCUACCAGCAUUCAUCGGCAAUAUGUCCACAUUGACGUCAUUGUCAAUUGCCAUCAAUUCAUUCUCUGGCCCCAUCCCCAAGGAGCUUGGAAACCUUACGGAGUUAACUUCGCUGUCCUUUGGAUCAAAUAAUUUCUCCGGAACACUCCCUCCAGAACUUGGUAACUUAGUCAAGCUAGAGCAAUGGUACAUGGACAGCUGUGGACUUAGUGGUGAAAUUCCUUCAACAUUUGCUAAGCUCAUCAACAUGCAAAUCCUCUGGGCAUCAGACGUUGCUUUCUCAGGAAAGAUACCUGCUUUCAUUGGGAAUUGGACAAAACUAACUGUUUUGAGAUUUCAAGGGAACUCUUUUGAAGGCCCAAUACCAACCAGUUUUUCUCAACUGACUUCAUUGAACACUCUGCGAAUCAGUGAUAUAUCUAAUGUGAGCUCCUCUCUUGAUUUUAUAAGAAAUUUGAAGAACUUGACUGAAUUAGUUCUACGGAAUGCAUUAAUCAAUGGUAGCAUUCCUUCUAAUAUUGGAGAAUAUGAAGGUUUACAGAUACUGAAUCUGGGUUUCAACAAUUUAACAGGCCAACUCCCAAGUUCUUUGUUCAACAUGAGUUCUCUUACAUACUUGUUUCUUGGAAACAAUAGCCUGUCUGGACCUCUUCCAAGCCAAAAGAGCAAUCGACUUCAGACUAUUGAUUUGUCUUACAACUAUUUAUCAGGAAGCCUUCCCCAAUGGGUAACCACAAUAUCGCAACUGAACUUAGUGGUCAACAACUUCACAUUUGGCAGUUCAAACAUAACUCUUCCUGGAUUGAAUUGCCUCCAGAGGAAUUUUCCAUGCAAUCGAAAUACCCCUCGAUAUGCAAACUUCUCAAUCAAGUGCGGAGGACCACAAAUGAGAGGAAGUGAUGGCAUAUUGUAUGAAGCUGAAGACUCAGCUCUAGGCCCAGCAACAUUUAAUGUAACCAGUACACAGAAAUGGGCUGUUAGCAAUGUGGGUUUGUUUUCUGACAGAAAGAAUCCAUCAUUUGUGGAAACCACCCUUACGCAAGUCACCGGUACAGAUGUGACCCCAGAGCUUUUCCAGACUUCAAGACUGUCCCCAGGUUCACUGAGAUACUAUGGCCUGGGUCUUGAGAAUGGGCCUUAUACCGUAACGUUGCAAUUUGCAGAAACAGUUUAUACUAGCCGUGCUACAGAAACUUGGCAAAGUUUAGGAAGGCGUGUAUUUGAUAUCUAUAUUCAAGGGAACCUCAGAUGGAAGGACUUCGACAUAUCGAAGGAGGCAGGUGGGGUUAACAGAGCAGUUGGGAGACCCUUCAAGGUUAAUGUGUCAGAGAAUUACCUAGAUAUUCAUCUGUUCUGGGCUGGGAAGGGAACAUGUUGCAUACCUGAACAAGGUGAUUACGGCCCGCUAAUAUCGACUGUCCAUGCUGCUUCAGAUUUUACACCAACUGUUUCUGGGCUUCCACCAACUACUCCAGGAAAGAAGAGCAGGACUGGGUUGAUAGUUGGUAUUGCAGUCCCUGUUGGGGCUGUAAGCUUGCUAUUAUUAUUUGCAGUUCUAUAUAUGAGGAGAAAAAAAUCAGAAAAAGAUGACGAUGAAGAUCUUCUAGGAUUAGGCCCCCGACCAAAUACUUUCAGUUAUGCUGAGUUGAGAGCUGCAACAGAAGAUUUUAAUCCUUCAAAUAAGCUAGGAGAGGGAGGAUAUGGACCUGUUUAUAAGGGUACACUAUCUGAUGGGAGGGUAGUGGCUGUGAAGCAACUUUCAGUAGCAUCUCACCAAGGGAAGAAUCAAUUUGUAACCGAGAUUGCUACGAUAUCUGCAGUCCAACAUCGCAAUCUAGUGAAAUUGUAUGGAUGCUGCAUUGAAGGAAGCCACCAUUUGGUUUAUGAGUAUCUUGAAAACAAGAGCCUUGAUCAGGCACUUUUUGGAAGAAAUGACUUGCACCUUGACUGGCCUACCCGCUUCAAUAUAUUGUUGGGAACAGCAAGAGGACUUGCUUACCUUCAUGAGGAGUCAAGGCCCAGGAUUGUACAUCGAGAUGUCAAAGCCAGUAAUAUUUUGCUCGAUGCCGAACUCUCCCCAAAAAUAUCAGAUUUUGGAUUGGCAAAGCUUUAUGAUGACGAAAAAACCCACAUUAGCACCCGGGUUGCAGGGACAAUAGGUUAUUUGGCGCCGGAGUAUGCAAUGCGUGGACAUCUGACAGAAAAGGCUGAUGUAUUUGGUUUCGGGGUUGUUGCUUUGGAGAUCCUCAGCGGGAGGCCAAACUCAGACAACAACUUGGAUCCUGAAAAGAUUUAUCUUCUUGAAUGGGCAUGGACUCUACAUGAAAACGACCAGAGUUUGGGGCUGGUGGAUCCGAGAUUGACAGAGUUUGAUGAAAAGGAAGCAACUAGAUUGAUAAAAGCAGCCCUCCUCUGCACUCAGGCUUCACCAAUGAUGAGGCCAUCGAUGUCACGCGUGGUGGCAAUGCUCUCUGGAGAUAUUGAAGCAAGCACUGUUAUUUCAAAGCCAAGUUAUUUGACAGAUUGGGAUUUCAAAGAUGUAACCACAAGUAGCUUUUUGAUGGAUAAUGAUACCCCAUCAACUGAGGGCAAUGUUCAUCUCAACCAUCAACCUGAAGGGACCACAACUAGUGCUAGCCCUGGGAUUGACCUUUCGCCGUCUCCGGUAAAUGUCACUGAAUCAAUGCUGACUGGCAUUAUAGGAGAAGGCAGGACAUGGACUCUAUCCUCUCUGUCUCUCUCUGUCUCUGUCUAUCUCGUACCAUUAAGUGAGUGGGAGAAUCGUCUCUUUCACUCUCAUAUUGUUAGAAGAGAGAGAGAGAGAGAGAGAGAGAGAGAUGAUGAGUUUCAGAAUCAGUGGAAGAAGCUAGCCGCCAUCUCCUCAUACCAAUUUGCUGGUUCUUGCUUCAGCUUCUGUCUCUCUGCUUCAAUAGCUCAUCACCUCAGAAAUCUACUGCAAACCCUUUCUAAGAACAAGUACUUUAGGAACCAUUGGCAAUUCAAAUUUUGUGCCGUCGAAGAGCCAGCGCUUGUGUACAAUAACAUGAUCGAUUCGAGGAGGAUGUUGAAGCAACCAUGGCAUCUUUCAGUGUCCAUUGCCUUCUUUUCCAGCCUAUGCUUCUGGUUUCAGGUGUCCAUGGCUCAAAAUGCUACUACCGAUCCAUCUGAAGUGAGGGCGUUGAACUCAAUAUUUGAGCAAUGGGACACGCAAGCGGGGGGGCUGUGGAAUAUCAGUGGAGAGCCAUGCAGUGGAUCUGCCAUUAAUGGAACCGAGUUUGAGGAUCCAGCUAAUAAUCCAGCCAUCAUUUGUGAUUGUACUUAUGAAAAAAGUACUACCUGCCACAUCACCCAACUGAGAGUUUAUGCUCUGAACAAACAAGGGGUGUUUCCACAAGAAUUUGUGGCUUUAAGAUAUCUGACCUAUUUGAAAAUUGAUCAGAAUUAUUUCACCGGUCCCCUACCAGCAUUCAUCGGCAAUAUGUCUGCGUUGACAUUAUUGUCAAUUGCCCACAAUUCAUUCUCUGGGCCCAUCCCCAAGGAGCUUGGAAACCUUAAGGAGCUAAAAUUGCUGUCCAUUGGAUCAAAUAAUUUCUCCGGAACACUCCCUCCAGAACUUGGUAACUUAGUCAAGCUCGAGGAAUUGUACAUAAACAGCGGUGGAUUCAGUGGUGAAAUUCCUUCAACAUUUGCUAAGCUCAUCAACAUGCAAAUCCUCGGGGCAUCAGACAUUCCUUUAUCAGGAAAGAUACCUGCUUUCAUUGGGAAUUGGACAAAACUAACUGUUUUGAGAUUUCAAGGGAACUCUUUUGAAGGCCCAAUACCAACCAGUUUUUCUCAAUUGACCUCAUUGAAUUCUCUGCGAAUCAGUGAUAUAUAUAAUGUGAGCUCCUCUCUUGAUUUUAUAAGUACUUUGAAGAACUUGACUGAUUUAGCUCUACGGAACGCAUUAAUCAAUGGCAGCAUCCCUACUGAUAUUGGAGAAUAUCAACGUUUACUGAUACUGGAUCUGGGUUUCAACAAUUUAACAGGCCAACUCCCAAGUUCUUUGUUCAACAUGAGUUCUCUUACAUAUUUAUUUCUUGGAAACAAUAGUCUGUCUGGACCUCUUCCAAGCCAAAAGAGCAAUCUAUUACAUACUAUAGAUUUGUCUUACAACUAUUUCUCAGGAAGCUUUCCCCCAUGGGUAACCACAACAUUGCAACUGAACUUAGUGGUCAACAACUUCACAUUUGGCAGUUCAAACAUAACUCUUCCUGGAUUGAAUUGCCUCCAGAGGAAUUUUCCAUGCAACCGAAAUACUCCUCGAUAUGCAAACUUCUCAAUCAAUUGUGGAGGAUCACAAAUGAGAGGAAGUGAUGGCCUAUUGUAUGAAGCUGACGACUCAGACCUUGGCCCAGCAACAUUUAAUGUAACCAGUACACAGAAAUGGGCUGUUAGCAAUGUGGGUUUGUUUGCUGAAAAAAAGAAUCCAUCAUUUGUGCAAAACACCCUUACACAAGUCACCGGUACAGAUGUGACCCCAGAGCUUUUCCAGAAUUCAAGGUUGUCCCCAGGUUCACUGCGAUACUAUGGCCUGGGUCUUCAGAAUGGACCUUAUACUGUAACAUUGCAAUUUGCAGAAACGGUUUUUGACAGCCGCGCUAAACAAACUUGGGAAAGUCUAGGAAGGCGUGUAUUUGAUAUCUAUAUUCAAGGGAACCUCAUAAGGAAGGACUUCGACAUAUCGAAGGAGGCAGGUGGGGUUAACAGAGCAGUUAAGAGACCCUUCAAGGUUAAUGUGACAGAGAAUUACCUAGAUAUUCAUCUGUUCUGGGCUGGUAAGGGAACAUGUUGCAUUCCUGAACAGGGUGAUUACGGCCCGCUAAUAUCGACUGUCCAUGCUGCUUCAGAUUUUACACCAACUGUUUCUGGGCUUCCACCAACUACUCCAGGAAAGAAGAGCAGGACUGGGUUGAUAGUUGGUAUUGCAGUCCCUGUUGGGGCUGUAAGCUUGCUAUUAUUAUUUGCAGUUCUAUAUAUGAGGAGAAAAAAAUCAGAAAAAGAUGACGAUGAAGUUCUUCUAGGAUUAGGCCCCCGACCAAAUACUUUCAGUUAUGCUGAGUUGAGAGCUGCAACAGAAGAUUUUAAUCCUUCAAAUAAGCUAGGAGAGGGAGGAUAUGGACCUGUUUAUAAGGGUACACUAUCUGAUGGGAGAGUAGUGGCUGUGAAGCAACUUUCAGUAGCAUCUCACCAAGGGAAGAGUCAAUUUGUAACCGAGAUUGCUACAAUAUCUGCAGUCCAACAUCGCAAUCUAGUGAAAUUGUAUGGAUGCUGCAUCGAAGGAACCCAGCGCAUUUUGGUUUAUGAGUAUCUUGAAAACAAGAGCCUUGAUCAGGCACUUUUUGGAAGAAAUGACUUGCACCUUGACUGGCCUACCCGCUUCAAUAUAUUGUUGGGAACAGCAAGAGGACUUGCUUACCUUCAUGAGGAGUCAAGGCCCAGGAUUGUACAUCGAGAUGUCAAAGCCAGUAAUAUUUUGCUCGAUGCAAAACUCUCCCCAAAAAUAUCAGACUUUGGAUUGGCAAAGCUUUAUGAUGACGAAAAAACCCACAUUAGCACCCGGGUUGCAGGGACAAUAGGUUAUUUGGCGCCAGAGUAUGCAAUGCGCGGACAUCUGACAGAAAAGGCUGAUGUAUUUGGUUUCGGGGUUGUUGCUUUGGAGAUCCUCAGCGGGAGGCCAAACUCAGACAACAACUUGGAUCGUGAAAAGAUUUAUCUUCUUGAAUGGGCAUGGACUCUACAUGAAAACGACCAGAGUUUGGGGCUGGUGGAUCUGAGAUUGACAGAGUUUGAUGAAAAGGAAGCAACUAGAUUGAUAAAAACAGCUCUCCUCUGCACUCAGGCAUCACCAAUGAUGAGGCCAUCGAUGUCACGCGUGGUGGCAAUGCUCUCUGGAGAUAUUGAAGCAAGCACUGUUAUUUCAAAGCCAAGUUAUUUGACAGAUUGGGAUUUCAGAGAUGUAACCACAAGUAGCUUUUUGAGGGAUAAUGAUACCCCAUCAACUGAGAGCAAUGUUCUUCUCAACUGUCAGCCUGAAGGGAGCACAACUGCUGCUAGCCCAGGGAUUGACCUUUCGCCGUCUCCGGUAAAUGUCACUGAACCAAUGCUCACUGGCAUUAUAGGAGAAGGCAGGUGAGAACUAAGAAGUUGCCAUUGUCUUGCCUUUGCUGUCAAUCUGUGAAUUUUACUGCUAAAACUUUCCUAAAUGUUGUACUUGUCUUUGGGUCUUUUUCUGCCUCUAGUUUUUAGCAAUGGUGAUGCAUAUAUAAAAUAAGAUACAAUUCUAUAGAUAUCUGGUUGCCUUCAUCCUCCUCAUGGAAUAAUAA